AUGGACCCCUCGCUUUCAUCGUUAACCAGUCGUCGGCUUACUCCCGCUCAAAGUCGAAGUCAAGCACGUUCACGAAUACCAUCACCACAUCCAUCAAGGACUAAUUCUUAUUCAUUACCCGCAAAACAUAACGUUCCUAGUAAUCUAAAUGAUAAGAUAAGAGUAUGUGUACGUAAACGUCCACUCAGCAAGAAAGAGCUCACAAGGAACGAGAAAGACAUUGCUACCGUCAAUGGCCAAAGGACUGUUCUUAUAAACGAGCCAAAAAUGAAAGUCGAUCUGACCAAGUAUGUAGAACAACACACGUUCUUUUUUGAUGACGUGUUUGACGCUGAAGCCACUAAUGAAGAGGUAUAUAAACGGACCGCUUUACCAUUAGUAGAGUACAUUUUUCGUGGUGGCAAGGCCACUGGACAAACAGGGAGUGGCAAAACUUAUACUAUGCUUGACGAUAAACAAGGACUUUACGUUCUGGCUGCACGAGAUAUUUUUGCCUUAUUACAACAACCAGAAUAUAACCAUCUAGCGUCAUAUAUAGGGUUCUACGAAAUUUAUCAAGGACAACUAUAUGAUCUAUUGAAUCAAAGAAAGAAAUUAUUUGCUCGGGAAGAUGGAAAGAAAAAUGUCGUAAUUGCAGGACUUCAAGAAUAUUCCAUUGAUAAUGUAGAUAAUCUUAUGGCAGUGUUUGAUUAUGGAAAUACAGUACGAAGCACAGGUAGCACUGGUGCAAAUGAAGAUUCUUCUAGAUCUCACGCUAUUCUACAAAUAGUAUUAAAACAUAAAAAAAAUAGGAAAAAGUUUCAUGGCAAACUUAGUUUUAUUGAUUUGGCUGGUAGUGAACGUGGUGCUGACAGAGGGGAUGCAGAUAAACAAACAAGUUUGUUAGCUUUGAAGGAGUGUAUUCGUGCCCUUGAUCAAGAUAAAAGACACACUCCAUUUCGUCAGAGCAAAUUAACGCAGGUGUUGAAGGACUCGUUCGUUGGAAAUUCACGAACUUGUAUGAUUGCGACAAUAUCUCCAAAUAUUUCAAAUAGUGAGCACACUCUUAAUACAUUAAGAUACGCAGAUAGAGUUAAAGAACUUAAAUCGGAGCGAGAUCGUGCUGAACGUGUUGCAGCUGGUCUUGAAUUAGCAGCAAAUGAACUUAAUGGACUAACAGAUGAACAACGACAAGAAUAUUAUAAUAAAGCACGGGAAAAAAUGGCCGUAGAAGGUGAUUACGAAUGUUACGAAGAGACGUACGGAGACUACUAUGAAGAAGAAGAAGAGGAUCCGGUGUUUGAUGAUGAAGACUCUGAUUUCUUUGAAGAGGACUUUCCAAGUGAUGAAGAGCAAAAAGACAUACUUGAUGAAGAGUUGCCAGACGGCCUCGAUGAAGAGCUGCCAGAUGAUCUUGACGAUCUUGAUGAUCCAGAGGAAGAAUUUAACCAUAAUAAUCGACCUAUAGUUCCUAAUUCUGAUAUUUCAGGUUUAAAAAUUAACGAACCAUCAGAUUUUAGAACUACAUCAAGUAUCCCUCAUCGUCUGAAACAAACGCCCCCAUAUCCAAAUUCUCCAGAUCUAAAUUCACCGAUUCAUUUCCGACCUUCUAAUAAUCCUUCAUCAACCUUUACGACUCAAGAAAUAGAAGAUUUUUUGAGACGUCAUCGCUCGGCACUUAGAGAA